AACAGUUUGCCGGAGAUGGCUGGGCGAUCCGGUCUGAAAAUCUGGCUGCUCUACUGGGCCAUAUUCUGGACGCAAUGGCAACACAGUUUGGGCUAUAAUUUGCCCGAAAUGCUGAAGCAGCCGCUAAAAGUCUCGAAUGACCAAUUCGAUGACAGGUGUCGGCACCUCAGCGAGGAGGAGCAGCAACGUUUUGCCGGGAAUUUCAACUUCUUGGAGAAAUCGCAACUGGAGCUGGAGGAACUGCAGCAGCUGCUGAGCAACAAUAGCGGCAUUCAUAGCCCAUUGAAGCGUCGCCUAUGGCUCAGUCUCUAUUGGCAGCUGCGACGCAGCCAUCGCUUUGACAACGACAACAUGUUGCUGCUGGAUUUCGCGUUGAACUUGCGUCGACUGCAAACGGACCCGGAGUGGAAUAGCAGCCAAUUGCAGAAUAUGUUGCAGAGCUUGCCAAAAGCAUUGCAGAUCCUGGUGCGUAGUCGUUGGCUCUGCUUGGCGCACGACAGGGAUCUGAUGUAUCUAAUGACAGCUGGGGCACUGCAGCUGGGCGCCAGUAGCCGUUGCUGCAUGUGGCAGCUGGCGUUGGGGACGGAGCCAUCGUCACAUGGCUGGCUGCGCCUGGAGAAUCUAUGCGACGCCCAAGACGUUUGGUACUUCAAUAUGUUGCAGCAGUUGGAGUCCGGAGUCUACCUAAUGCAGCGUGAGCCCAACAGCAAUUCCAGCAACUAUUGCAGUCGCCUGGGAUCGGGCUAUUAUAAAGAAGUUGCUGGGGCUGAAGCAAAGGAUGUGGAAAAGGAUUGCCAUUGGCAGCUCAACGAUUGCAGCGGACUGCCAAGCCUUCUGCAGAGGUUUUAUGGGGUGUAGCUAGGAUUGUGUCAG